ACCCGAUAACCUAUUGGUAACCGGACGAGUCCAAGUUAAAGGAAUCAAGAUAUACAAGAAUAAGAGAAGAUAUUAAGAUAUUCCCAAAUAGAAGAUAGAAUGUAAAAUGUCUUUUCCACGAAAUGACACACAUGGAAUUUUGCGUAAGACAUCUACAACGGAGGCUACUGUUCCCGAGCGUCAUAUGGAUCUUCUAGUGUUUGGAUAUGCUUGCAAAAUAUUUCGUGAUGAUGCGAAGGCCCGAGAGAUAGACCAGGGAAAACAUUUGAUCCCAUGGAUGAACGAGAAUAGUCUGAAAAUUGACAGAUAUGAUGUUCGUGGAGCGUUAUAUGAUUUAACACCGUACGAACCUCCGCCCGGUGGUUAUGAAAAUCGCUUAGAUUACUUGACUGCCGACGAACAAAGGGCUGAGCAGUUGUGCGAAGAGGAGCGUUAUUUGUUUUUGUAUAAAAACGAGGAAGACGUAAUAACGAAACAAGAGGAGGAAUUGAAGCGCCUGAAACAGGAGACAAACGGCGGUGGUUAUAGCCAGGUCGGUUUCUCAUAUGACCAAAGCCAACCGAUCGGGCCAAGUCGUGAGGAAUAUGCAAAUUCUCCAACAUGCGAAGAACCAGAACAGCUUUUCACGUUGCCACACAAUUUCGAGGUUCCGCCGGAAAUGCAUUUGCCUGAAACAAUGAAACAACAUGCCAUUAUUGAAAAGACUGCCAGGUUUAUUGCAUCACAGGGUGCACAAAUGGAAAUUCUCCUUAAGGCCAAGCAAUCCAAUAACGUCCAAUUUGAGUUUUUAUCCCAGAAUUCCGUGCUCAACCCCUACUAUAAGUACGUAAUUAAUGCCAUCAAAAAUGGCAGCUAUCCAGAUAUACCGGAAGUCAGAGAUUCCGGAAAAGAUGAUGAAGAUAUUUCAAAUGACACAACAAAUGAUGCCACAAGCCAGAAGCCUGUGGUUGUAGUGCCCAUGGUCAAGUACAAACCUUCGGCAGAUUGCGCUUACACACAGUUGAUAAGUAAAAUUAAGGGAGUUCCAUUAUCUGAGUUACACGAUGAAUCGUCUCGUCACAGCAACGGCACUCAGCAGCAAGAAAGUGCGGGUGAGUCGCCUUCCAUUACGCCAGUUCUUCUACAAUACAAUGGUGCCACAUUUAUGACAGAACAUGAUGAUAGUUCCGACUCCAACGGCUGCAAAGUGUCUGCCACAAAUACCAACCAAGACAAUCUUAAUGACUCUGGGCCGAAGGUAGAGAUUUUAAAGAAUUCCAGUGCAUUAGCGUUAGCACAGAACUACUCUUCCGAUUCAGAAAGUGAAAAUGGAGAGGACACAGCAGCUAGAUUUGAGAAGGAAAAAACACCGCCCAAUCUGGAGUUCCCCGUACCAACGGAAAAUCUCAAAAAUAUUAUCGAUAAAACUGCUGUGUAUGUUAUUAAAAAUGGCAGACAAUUUGAAGAGACGCUCCGAAGUAAAUCCGCUGAACGUUUCACAUUCCUCUUGCCCGAUAAUGAGUUCUAUCCCUACUAUAUGUACAAAAUAACUGGAGAUCAUAAUGCCGCUUCCAAAGAACGCAAGCAGCGCAAGGCUAAAGAAGUCGCAGAAGCUCUAUUGAGCAAAAAAGGUUUAACCAGAGACAAAGCGGCCACCAACACCGUCUCCUUUUCCAUCAAAAAUAAGGAUGAAUGCGCAACAACUGCAUUACAGAAUACCGUUUUACCUCAAGACCCAAGUGAUGACGAAGAUAAGGUGGCAACAUCUUCAGUUGCUACCCCUAGUAUCAGUGCAAGCACCAGCACCAGCACCAGCACCAGCACCAGCAUCAGCACCAACACCAACGCUAGCAAUCAACAAGCAAGGCAUGUUCCAAUUCAUGUACAAAAGGCUAUUGAAUUGGUCGAGUCCCAGUUAAUGGCCAGAAAUGCACAAAUAGCUGCUGCCGCAGCCUUGGCUUUAAGACAGACUAACGUAAUACCUGUCAAAAAUGUACUUCCAACCAUUACGCCAACUCAUGCCAGUAAAUCUUCUGGAGUUUCUGGGGCCUCCGCUGCGACCGGAAAGGAGGCAGAACGAAACGCAAUCUUCGAACAGCAACAACAACAACGGCACAAAGAAUUAAAGAAGGCUGAAGAAAAGGUCAAGGAUAAAUUGGCACAAAUUGCUAGGGAAAAACUGGGUGGACUUGUAUCCAAGGAAAAACAACUUCAGUUGGAACGCAAGCGAAAAGCAAUGGCAUUUCUCAAUCAAAUAAAAGCUGUAACCUCAGGAGAAAAUUACAAUCCCGUCAACGACGAACAAGCAAGCGAGAAAAUGAGUGACAGCAAAGACAUCUUGGUCAGCGAAGAGUCGGAUGAUUCUGUGCGUUCUAUCCCAAUUACAUCCUAUGGCCCUGAAGAAAAUAGCGAAGAAGAAAACACAGAGAGCCUUAGGCCCCACAAAAUUCCAACGCACAUUGAACAGUCCAAAGUUACGAGAACAAAAUUAACUAAAACUGUUGAGCCAGAUCAUGUGUCAUUGAUACCCGAUCUAAAUUCCAUCAGAAAGAGAAAAUCUCGAUCUAGAAGCAGGGACCAUGGGGAAAGCUUAAUAGUAUCUGCAGCGAAUAAACGUCAAUAUAGAAAACAAGAGUCGCACUCGUCGUCCUGCUUGUCGGACAACAACGAGGAGGAACCCGAAAAAUUGGAAAAAUUUCGAUCAAAAUCGCGCUCAAAAUCCAAAUCCCACAAAUCAAAGAAGUCAAAAUCGAAAAAAUCUAAAUCCAAAAGGAAAUCAAAGAAGAGAACAAAAUCCAAAUCUAGGACUAGAUCUCGUUCCCGUUCGCACAGUAAUUACCGAUCAACGACGAGUGGGCGGGGCCGUUCCGUUUCGUCCGAUAGCAGCACUACCGAUAGUCAACAUCACCACCAUUACAAAGAAAAACGGCGCCGAUACGAAUGCAGUUAAAUCAUCUCGCAGCCCUAUACCUUCCUCAAAAUGUAAAAUAAAUUUAUACUAUACACGUAUCUGUAAGAACCGAUUUACGGCACGUUGUUCAAAUUGUUUUAGGCAAUUCAUACAAUAAGCAAAGGCAAUAAAGAUAGGCGUUUUGA